CUUGCAGGGCAAGGUGGCAAAACCAUGAAUCCACUUUUCUUCCUGGGAAAUAAAAGACCACUCACAGUGCCAGGACUCUUGCUAAACGCUGUGUCCGCACUCUGACAACAGCAGUUCGUUAGCUUGACAAGGAGACGACGAGGUGGAGAGAUCGAUUAAUUUUUUAUUUGGAAGCAUUCAUCGAGGGCGGAAGCAGCUCGGAGUGCAGCAUGGCUUCAGCGGUGCUUCGCCGCAGAGAUCUGUCCAAGAUGUGGCUGGGAGUGGAUGUUUUGUUGCGAGGUCACGGAGGUCGUUUCUGCCGGAAUUUCACCUCCAGGCGAGCACCUGGUGGUUCAAGCUUUGCAAUCGCCUUCGACAUCGAUGGCGUGCUCUUGCGUGGUGGGACACCGAUACCAGGUGCUCCUGCAGCUCUUCGGCUGCUCUACGACGACCCCACACUCCCCGCUCAACUAAGGAUCCCGUACAUAUUCCUCACCAAUGGGGGAGGCACCACGGAGGCUGCUAGGGCAUUGGAGCUGAGCAAACAGCUGCAUGUACCUGUUUUACCAGAUCAGGUCAUACUCGGGCACACUCCAUUUCGAAAGCUCGCUGAUCUUUUCAGGAACCAGCGUGUGCUGGCCGUCGGUAAGGGCGAACCUGAUGCAGUAUUGAGGAGUUACGGUUUCGACCAUGUAGUCCAUAUGGACUCGUUCGUGAAGGAAUUCGAGAACAUCGACGGGCUGGGUCGCUUCAAGCCUUGGAAUCAGCCAUUGAAGGAAGAUGACGCAACUCCAGCGGCCGAUCACCUGUCAAAGCUGGCAGGAGUAUUCGUUGUCAGUGACCCCGUCGACUGGAGUCGAGAUUUGCAGGUGAUUUGUGAUAUCUUGAGAUCGGAUGGCAAACCUGGGACAGAAGCGGUGCCCGGUCGACCACAACCACCCAUAUUCUUCGCUGCAGACGAUUACGAUUACCAGUCCACUUUUCCGGUACCUCGUCUCGGGAUGGGAGCAUUCCGAAUAGCGUUGGAAAGCAUCUACAACCGACUGCCAAGCGCUCCUCUUCAGUACGUAUCAUAUGGGAAACCCCAGCUGACAGUGUACAAACAUGCGGAGCACGUCUUGCAUGAUCUGUCAACACAGAUCAUAUCUGGAGCGCUGGUGGGUGCUCCCAAGACACGAGAACCGAUGCAUCCUCCUUUCGAGUCCAUCUACAUGAUCGGUGAUAACCCAUCUACAGACAUUUUAGGUGCGAGGAUUGCAGGGCCGCCAUGGUUUCCCAUUCUAACUCGUACGGGAUGCUAUCGAGGACAGUCCAUCAGUAGGCUGUACGAGGCUGGUAAAGUAGUGGAAGAUGUUGAAGAAGCCGUUGACUUUAUCAUCAGGAGAGAAGGGUUGCAAUGAAAAUCCAGUUCUGAACGCCUAGCCGUAGUCGUCGUUGUUAUCCAAGGUGUAUCUCAUUAACAACCUCAGAUUUUGUGGCCAAAGCCCGAAGAACGAGAACCCUGUAGGGGUUCAAUCGAAUGAUUUUUUGCUGCACAGAGGAAAGAGAAACACAGUGGGGCACUAAGUAAUAUAGCAAAUCCGAUGGGAAGACCCCAUCAGCUGUCGAUUAUACCCUCUAUAAAUAUAAUACAUUGUCCUAGUGAGCUCGUUCCCA